AUGGAUUCUUCUCAUAAUACAACAAUUAAUUCCUACAUAAAGGAAAUUGAAGGCUAUCUCAAUAAUAAACGAAUACUGUACGAAGCAGAAGGCAGAAGUGAAUUUGUUCCAUUAAUAGAUCGCACU